UGCAAGUCUAUCUGCAAAGCCUCAAACUCUUACCCCUCGACUUAAGACAUCAACACCUUCAUAAUUCGCCAACAACAUGAGCGAACAGGGCUACAAGAAUAUUAUCCUUGUCGGUGGAGGUGGCUCUCUGGGAAGCGUCCUACUCAAGUCACUCCUCUCCGAGCCUGCGUUCAAAGUUACCGUCCUGGCCAGAGAGUCGUCCAAGGCUCGCGCCAGUCUCCCAUCCGCGGCAAAGGUCAUCACCAUCGCAGACUCCUAUCCGCAGGAAGACCUGGUCAAAGCCUUCGAGGGCCAGGAUGCAGUCGUCAAUGCAAUCACGAGCUUCUCCGUCGCUGAACAGCUGAAAUUCAUCGAUGCUGCCAUCACGGCUGGGGUCAAGCGAUUUGUCCCCUCCGAAUACGGGCUGGAUAACAAUACCCCAGCUGCACAGGAACUUUCCCCCGUCUUUAAAGACAAGGGCUUGGUGCAAGAGUAUCUCCGAUCGAAGGAGUCGAGUGGCUUGACCUGGACUGCAAUUGCCUGCGGCAUGUGGCUUGGCUGGUCUAUGCGCAACAAUUUCCUCGGUCUGGACUAUCCCAACCGAACGAUAACCUUUACGGAUGAGGGCACUGGCAAGUUUUCCACGACAACUCUCAGCAAUACAGCCCUGGCUCUGAAUCGCAUCCUCUUGAACCCCAGCUCUACGGCCAACCAGAUUGUCUUCACGAGUGACUUUGCCACCUCCCAGAAAGAGCUCGUCGAGACCAUUGAGCGCCUCACGGGUGAGCACUGGCAACGUAAAUCGAUUCAAACCACGGAGUUGAUUCCUCAGCUAAAGGCCGCCUGGGCGCAAGGGGACGCUCUCGCCGGGUACGGGCUGAUUAACAUCGGGUUCACGCAGGGAGAUUACAGUGGACAUUUCGAACCCGCACGGCCGGUGCGCAACCACGAGCUCGCACUACCGGCAAAGGGACUGGAAGAGGUGGUCAAAGAGGCUCUGGCAGAGGUCGGACACCCGGGAUUCUGAUAGAUUGGCGUAGGGUGCCCAUUUGUACACAUUAGAGUUCAUCGAUAAUCGUAUCUAACUAUGCGCAAAUGCCCGCGUCCAAAGUGAAACAACGCAAACGAUUUCCCACGCCUCCGUUGAGCCGGAGAAGUGUCGGGCAAACAGUCAUCUUGUAGUCCGCUCGUCUCGAGACGGGAUAGUGUGAGAUCACC